AUGGCCUCCCUCACGUACGACGCUCCAGACCUACUAUCGUCCGAUCCGCUCCUGCCCAACGUCGGCCGGCAGGGCCAAGCACGCCAGGUGCUAGCGCUGCCGUGGACGGGAAAGCGGCUGCGGCUGGGGACGUGUUUCCAUUCGAAUCUCGCCCACACCGAAGCGCCUUUCUCGGACUCGCCGCCGCUCUUCGCUUCCACGUGCGCCGGCACGUACCGCCCGUCCGGGGCCGACGCGUCCUUCCGGUCCAGCGAUUCAUCUUCGGCCGGAUCCUCCUCCGAGCACCUCAGCACCGCGCUGGGCGUAUCGGCCGGAUGCCCCUUCCUCCGCGCCAGCGUCACCGGCCAGUACGACCGCGACGUGCUCAGCAACUUCGACGACUGCAAAACCUCGGUAGCCGCCUCCUACCGCUGCGGCACCAUCUCCCUCAGCACACCACCACGCCUCACCACCGACGCCCUGCUGGUGCUCAAGUACGGCGGCGGGCUGGAGGCGCUCAAGCAGCGCUACGGCGACUACUACGUGGCGGCCUACGUGCUGGGGGCCGACGCGGGCGCGCUGGUCAGCCGGUCGUCGAGCGCGUCGACGGUGGCGGAGCGGCUGCAAGUCACGGUCAAGCUCAAGGUGCUCUUCUGGACCGCCAGCCACACCGAGUCCAAGAGCUGGAGCAACUCCACUAGCGCAGCCCGCGUCUCCGUGUCCGCCUUCUCGACCCUGGGCCCGCUGCGCCUCAGCGCCUCGGCAGCUGGGGGCUCCGAAUUGCAGCGCCUGGCUGCCGACGCUAAGGCCGUGCUGGCUAGCAUCGACAACGUGCCGGCCCGCGUCGAGGCUACCGUGGCUGAGCUGGGGGUGCGGCCUGGGGAGAAGGCGGUGGUGGGGGAGGACAUGUGCGAUGGGCUUUGUGAUUCGGGGCUGGUUGUGGAGCUGGUGCUGAUGCCCAUUGAGACGCUGCGCGAGGUGCAGGCCUGGGCCACUAGCACCGACAUCAUCUGA